AGUCUGUGGUAUGGGCCACGCACACUACCGAGGACUGCUCACAGAAUGAUCCCGGUACUCAACAUGGACAAUAAGACGGAAAAUUAUAAUAUCUAUGGUGCUUACUUUGCUCCCCUCAGAUCUAGCGAUGGCAUCAAGAUGCUGGUCGACGGUCUGGAGGGCGAAGACUUGGCAGUAGUUCCUGAGCACUGGUUUUCCUACGCCGCACCGCCUGCCAGCGCGCACACCGCAUUGGCGCUUCUUUACUGCUUUUUGACUGCUGCUGCUUUAAUCGGAAAUGGACUAGUAGUAUUUAUAUUUGCAACGACAAAGAGCUUACGGACAUCCAGCAAUCUACUCAUUCUAAAUCUAGCAAUCCUUGAUUUUAUAAUGAUGGCAAAGGCGCCGCUUUUCAUCUACAACAGCGCCAUGCGAGGCUUUGCUACUGGGGCAUUGGGAUGUCAGAUCUUCGCUCUUAUGGGUUCUUAUAGUGGCAUCGGUGCGGGGAUGACCAACGCUUGUAUCGCAUAUGAUAGACAUUCAACAAUAACCCGUCCACUCGAUGGGCGGUUGUCGCGUGGAAAAGCUUUAUUGAUGAUAGCUCUCGUAUGGAUUUACGCUACACCUUGGUCAUUAAUGCCACUAUUCAAAGUGUGGGGACGAUUUGUACCUGAGGGUUACUUAACAUCGUGUACGUUUGACUACCUUUCCAACACAUUCGACACCAAAUUAUUUGUAGGUUGCAUAUUUGUAUGCAGCUAUGUUUUUCCCAUGAGUUUUAUCAUAUAUUUCUACAGCGGAAUCGUCAAACAAGUAUUUGCACAUGAAGCAGCCCUAAGGGAACAAGCGAAGAAGAUGAACGUUGAAUCAUUGAGAUCUAAUCAGAACGCAUCCGCGGAAUCGGCUGAGAUCCGAAUCGCGAAGGCAGCGCUCACCGUGUGCUUUCUGUUUGUCGCUUCUUGGACGCCUUACGGUGUAAUGUCGUUAAUAGGAGCUUUUGGAGAUCAGCAACUUUUAACGCCUGGUGUAACCAUGAUUCCUGCAGUAACGUGUAAGGUUGUAGCGUGUAUCGACCCAUGGGUCUAUGCAAUCAGCCAUCCAAAAUACAGACAAGAACUUCAGCGACGUAUGCCUUGGCUCCAAAUCAACGAGCCAGAUGAAAAUGCUUCGACGGGCACCAACAACACAGCAAAUUCUUCUGCGCCAGCAACAGCGUAACUGAUGACAGGGAUAACGAACCAAGCGAAUACAAUGGACUAAGGCUAGCUUUAACAAAUAUUAAAUGCAAAAAAAAAUAAUAAAAAAAGAGAAACGUUAACAUAACUUAUUAAUUAUUUAUUUAUGUAGUGGUAAGCUCAAAAUGAGAUUAAUUUUGUGUAUCAAAAUGAAGACAUUAAAAAACGAAAUGGCUAAGCUAACGGUACUUCGAUUAUUUAUA